CUCAAAUACUGGAUAUUUCAUUAACUUACAGAUUCAAAUUUUAGAAGACAUUCUCUGAAAACUGUAUAGGCUUUUGCAGUUAGAGGUUGAAAUUCAAACCUGCACUAAGUUAUUAGGCAGUGAAUUUGUGAGUAGAAAUGGCACUUGAGUAGCAAUGUAAGUUGUUUAAGGAUAUCCUGUUCUUGAUAUUCAGGUAAAUAUCAAUUUACCUGCUUAAGGUAGUACUUAGAAAAAAAAAAGAUACCCAGUUCUGUAAUACGCUUUAGUUUUCUCAACAGCUACAGCUGUAGCAGCUGCAUUACUGUGCAGUGAUCCCUUCACAGAAUAUCUGAAACAGAAAAAAGGUGCUUAAGAGGAAGCAAAGCUAACAAACAAAAAUGAUGUACUGCCUGUGAAGUAAAGAUGAAAAUAAAAUUGUCAUAUUAGAAAUCUUACUGCUACUCAACCUUGCAGCACAUUUCCACAUAAAAACAAGUGUGUUUAAAAAAUGGUAAUACAACACUGCUGUGCUCUUAGAUUUGUGCAUUUGCAGUGACUUCACACAAGUGAGCUUGAGAUAUAGGUGAUAAGUAUUAUCUUUUACCUUAAAAAAGUAUUUCAGCAAUUCAGUAACGGUUGUUCUCACAACUCUCUCAAAACUGAGGUGCUCUGCUAUACUAAUUUCCCCCCCUCUUCUUAUCAGCUGUUUACUGCUGAUAUUUCUAAGCUCAUGCACAAGACAUUGAAGAGACUGUACCUCACAUAAAAAUGUUGAAAGGCUUCAGGAUCUUCUUUGCCUUUAUUGCCUUCUUUUGUUGUGAGAAAUAAAGCAUGACUACCAUCCAGGAAGUGAUUUUUCCUUCCAUUUUCCUGACAAACUCGCCAAAUUCCUGAGAAACACAAACUUGUUUCUGAAGUUGUUGAUGCUGAUAUGAGCAGAAGGGAGGACAUUUUUUUUUUAGCCGUGCGAAGCUACCUGGUAUUUGAAAUGCUGAAGAGGAAAUUACGGUUUUGCCAUAAUUUGCGCUUCAGGCUUUUCUUGGGUCUAACUCUUAUUUUAGUAAUCAUUUCAGUUUUGAAAGUUAACCAGAAAGAAGACUUCUUAAAUCAGAGACAUCUAGAGCUAACAAAAGAAGAUCCUAUUAGCAAUGUUAACUGCACCAAGAUUAUUGAGGGGGAUAUAGAAGAAAUACAAAAGGUAAAGCUUGAGACAUUGUCAGUGUCAUUUAAGAAACGCCCCAGGCUAACAACAAAUGAUUAUAUUAACAUGACGGCAGACUGUGCCUCCUUCACCAAGACUAGGAAAUACAUUAUGGAACCUCUCAGCAAUGAAGAAGCAGAAUUUCCGAUUGCUUACUCAAUAGUGGUUUAUCACAAAAUUGAGAUGCUUGAUAGACUUCUAAGAUCAAUCUAUGCUCCACAGAAUUUUUACUGCAUUCAUGUAGACAAAAAAUCUCCAGAAUCUUUUUUCACUGCUGUGAAGGGAAUAGUCUCAUGUUUUGAUAAUGUCUUUAUUUCAAGCCAGUUAGAGAGUGUGGUAUAUGCUUCAUGGAGCAGGGUGCAGGCAGACAUUAACUGCAUGAAAGAUCUCUACAGUAGAAGUUCAAACUGGAAAUACCUAAUAAAUCUAUGUGGUAUGGACUUUCCUAUAAAAACCAACCAGGAAAUAGUAGAGAAAUUAAAAGCCCUUAAAGGUGAAAACAGCUUGGAAACAGAAAAAAUGCCUGUUUAUAAAGAAGUAAGGUGGAAAAAACACCAUGAGAUUAUUGAUGGUAAAAUAAAGAACACAGGCACAGACAAACAACUACCACCUCUGAGUACUCCAAUUUUUUCUGGUAGUGCCUAUUUUAUAGUUAGCAGAAGAUUUGUCGAAUAUGUUUUAGAAAGCAGCAAAAUACUUAAGUUCAUUGAGUGGGCAAAAGAUACUUACAGCCCAGAUGAGUACCUGUGGGCAACAAUUCAGAGAAUCCCUGAUGUCCCAGGUGCAGUUUCUUCUAGUGACAAGUAUGAUGUUUCUGACAUGAAUGCACUGGCCAGGUUUGUCAAGUGGCAGUACUUUGAAGGUGAUGUGUCCAAAGGUGCACCGUACCCACCAUGCAGCGGAGUUCACAUUCGCUCUGUCUGUGUUUUUGGGGUAGGAGACUUGAACUGGAUGCUACGAAACCACCACUUCUUUGCUAAUAAGUUUGACACUGAUGUUGACCCUUUUGCAGUGAAAUGUUUGGAAGAAUAUUUGCGACACAAGGCUUUGUAUAUGCAAAAGAAGUGAAAUACUGUAUGCUCCUGUUACAAAACAUAGGUACAAAUACUAUACUGCUAAGUACUUUGACACGUAACAGCAAUGGUGGUGAUGCUGAUGAUGGGUAUAAUAAACCAUGUUGGUGUAGUGGUGCUGAUGCUGUCCCUGCCUUGUCCAUGGACAAGGGGAAGAAAAGACAUGUCUGAAGUGAAUAUGGGGAUCCCUGGUAUUGCACACUGAGGCUCAGAGCUUUAGGUACAAAAUCACAACAGCAACUUUUGGAAGGCCAACUGUUUGGAAUAUUUAUUUUCUAGAAGGUGUAAUUAAUGGAUUUCCUUUGGCUAAACCGUUUGUUUUAGGGCUUGGAAAAUGCGUGUUAUUCAUGGUUAUUCAUUUUUUUUUUCCCAUGAAUGCAAUGCUAGCUGGAAGAGAAAGAUGAAGGGUUGGGGGGAAAUGCAGCUGGACUGCACAGACUUUGUUCUGAGUACUGAAAGACUCAGGAAUAUAACAUUAGAAAUUAUCUGAAAACUAUGCAAAAGGGGAUAUGCAAAGCCAGCUGUCAUAAUUUAAGUCUGCUUGCUGCAGUUCUGUUACAUGUAAUUCUUAGUCCUCUUGAAAAUUUUGUCUUUAGCAUGGAGUAUUAAGGAAUUGCAUUUAAAUUUUUGUAGCCAAAUCUUGCUUUUGUACUCUCAAAGAUAUUGUGAUAUAAAGUGUAUACACUAGUUUGCAAUUACAUCUUCUCAGGGAAAUUUCAGUUUUAUGCCUGAUGAGAUUUAGACUUGUAAUUUUACACUUCUUAGUGUACUGGGAGUCUUGCUUUUGGAUUCAAAAUGACUCAAAUUUCUCAAAAACUUAACUGCAGUAGUGUCUAAAUGUCACUGAUGGAACUGCUGGUUUCUGCUUUGUGUCAAGCUCAACUUGCAUUCCAGAUUAUUUUAACACUGAGUACAGAAAAAUAAAGUUAUUUUUCUAAACGAUGUUGCCUCUUCCCACCAUAGAAGAACCUCUAAAAGCACCACCAAAAAAUCCUAAUGAUGAAGACUUAAAAUGUUUUUACUGUAAGUUUCCAUACAGUUGAAGCUGCAGCUGAGGUAAGUCCUACCUUACCUCCAUAUUACUAUUCAUUCAUGUGUCUGUGCUUGUUUAGGUUUAGCCGGUGUAUUUAUUUGCAUCUUGUUGUGAAAGGGAAAGGAAGACAUCAGGAUGAUUUUUGUUCCAGUUAUAGGUCCCUGCUUAGUUUAGCUGCCGCAGUGUGGCACAGAAGUGUGGGGGUGAAAUAACAGGAUAUUGUGAGGGAUGAUAUUAUUUCUUUCUAUAUCAAUUCUGGUUUGUCAUGCAUAGUUACUGCCAGGUGUCUCAUCUUACUCUUGAGAUGACAGUGGAAUUCAUUUGAGGCAAAAUAGAUUAAAAUUUUUGUUUUGUGAACUGUUGCUGUAAUGGUAUCGUGUUUCUUACAAAGGUGGUUUGUCGUGUUUCUCCUAAGGUGUGCCUCAAUACUUUAACAUAAUGAACUGCUUAUUGUUCAUCAUGCAAACAGCUAGGGAGGCAAGCAAUUUAAUCCAAAGUAGAGCCUAUUCUUGCCAACCCCUGCCUUCAAAACCACCUGAAAGCUGUUUAGGGAGACUUCAGAGAGUUUCACAUUAAGAGGUAAUUAAAGCCUCUUAGAGCUAAGAAAUGAGCUAAGGCAGUUGAGAAAAAUUCCCUGUCUUCCCCACCCUUUGGCUUUUCUGCAAGAAUGUUCUUGUAGACAGUUAUGCUCUACCACCUUUGCACAAGCUACAAAAAGGCUUAACUUCACUGCAUAUAGUAUUGGGAAGUUGCAGGAAGUGAUGCUAUAUUUUUAGCAGAAAGGAAGUCGUUUGUUGUUAAGAAUUUGCACCUGAAGACAAGCUACAUGAAUAGCUUCUAUGAGACCAGAACUGCUGGUUCAAGUAGACUGAAAAAACUGAUGAUCUGUGUUCUGUGCAUGGGAUGGACUGCUGACUCAAUUGCUCAAAAUCUGCUAGACAGUUAGAGCAUCAGCCCCUUUACCUACCUAUUUCAGCCUGCUUUUACUCAUACAAUGAAUACUUGUCUGUAUCUCUGUCAUUAAUGAUACUGCUACUAUAAAUAGUGAACACUUGAUGUGAAGACUAGUGAAGUGCUUGACUACCUGCUUCAGUUGUUACUGUUUAGAUAGUCAAGAGAGAUCUUGUGUAGGCUCACUGUAUCUUCUGUACAGAAGGAAAAACAGGAGAAUAUUGCUGUUUAGUGUACAUUUUCCAUAAGAUGAGGAAUUUCUUUUUCUUCUGGGGAAAGUGAACUACAAAAAUCCCACCUUCUGAAAACUUAGAAAAGAGACACUUUGAUCUGUAGAAUUUAAAUGGUCUAGGAAGAUAUUUUCUCAAAAGAACUCUUAAUUUCUUCAGAAAGUACCAAAUGUGCCAAAGGAAAUUACUGGAUAAAUUAAGGGUAUUGUAACUACACAAGCAGGAAAACCGCCAUCACCAGCUAUAAUGGGUAAAGAAAGCAAUUCAACUUACAUUAGUGUUGUCCACACAAUCAGAUUCAUUACCCAGUGUGCAACAAGCUAAUAAUUACACACCUGAGAGAGACACGGAUUGUUUAUUCCAGAUGUCUGCAAGCCUGGGUGCUCAGUGGUGGUCCACAAAUCAAGCGUGACCCUCCAGACUUUUCAUGCCAUUAUUUAUACGCAGAAGUUCGGAGUUAGUAACUUUCCAAGUACAGUUCCUCUAUUAUGAUCUGUUAGUAAUUUCUAUACAAGUUACAUAACCCCUAUACAUGCUUAGGAGAGGGGGUCUUCACGGGGCAGGGGUCUUUUUGACCUGUAGGCACAAGUUUUAGUAUUAUAAUGAACAUAGUUCAGCUAUAGGAUACAUGGACCUUGAGUAUUUUGCCAAGUUAGCAAUGUAUACAUAGACAUACAUCAACAUCUUGAUUUACUACAUUCUUAAAACUUGUUAGUUCCUGGAUGUCCUUGAGUAAGGGUUGCUAACUGCUGCCUGUUCCAUUUCACAGAAUAUUCUGAGUUGGAAGGGACCUACAAGGAUCAUCAAGCCCAACUCCUAAGUGAAUGGCCCGUACAAGGAUCACACCCACAACCUUGGUGUUAUUAGCAGCAUUCUCUAACCACCUGAGCUAAUCUCAGGGUCCACGUUGAUUAGGUCUCCUUUCUUGCUGAUUAGGCGUGAAAGUUUAUGAGUAUCUUACAUCAAAGAACAUCCUGACUUAAGAUAAUCUUGACAUAUUCCACAUUUUGCAACAUUAAUUUUCACUGAAUCUACCAAGAAACUUAGCCAAAAUAAUCAUAAUAGAAUCAGGCAGCAAUAAAACUUGAAAUCUAGAUUAUAUCCCUUACUGAUAUCUGCAGUUUGUUUUGGUUUUUUUUAUAACUUGUCUCAGUUUUCUACUAGAUGCUUAGAAGACUGGAGUAAAAGUCUAAUACUGACGUGAGUGAACAUGAAAGAAAAAUGCUUCACUGAUACUGCAGCAAGAAGCUGAUCUUGAUGCUGUGCUGAAGACACUGGGCUCUUGUCAGGAAUAGCCAAAAAUUAAAAACUUAAUAAUUACAUCAACCCUUCGACCAUUAAUUCUGAAUACAGUAAUGCUCUAAUUCAAGAAAGCUGCUGGUUUACUCUGAUCACCUUCAGGUUCCAAAUCGGGAAAGAAGUGAACACAUAGACUUGUGGCAAAAUGGAUUGAAUUUGGAAGCUCGCUUGACAGAGGAUGGAGCACUAAAAAUUAAAACUCUUAUGGUGGGUUCAGCUAUGGUGCUGCCCAGGGCACUCUAGAGUACCUGCUUUUUCCAGUUCCUGCUGCAUGUACCCAGCUUACACCAGCUUUCACACAGUGAUCCUGUCAUCCUUUGGACAGCCAGGAAGCAAACUGUUUUGCAUUCUGCCUGCUGCUUAACCCUUUCUUUUCCUUUUUUUCCCCCGUUUUACUUUUUCUAUGUUUCUGUGUUUUCUGUUUCUGUGUUUUAAAGCUGGUUCAGUUUCUCAGUCCAGCUCACCACCAUUGCUGGGAAGCAGUGAUUAGCCACUGAAAUUGUUGAAGUACUAUGUAUGCUGUUCAAAAUCCCCUAACUUUUCAUUUAAUUUUCAAUAAAAGAUUUUCCAAAAAGAGCUCAGUGCUUUGAAGACACUGGCCUAGUUCAGCCCCUGCUUAACACAUAAGCAUUUUGAGUGGCAUUAAUAACAAAAAUUUGCUUGGUUUACUGAAAUUACUUGUGGUAACAUAGUAUCGUCUAUCACUAAGGGUCACAGGGCUGAAAGCCUUUUGGGGUCAAAGGCUAAUUUGAUCCCAGAACUUAAUACUUGUGCUUUCAUCUCCUUCCUGCCUGAGGUUUGGUUUGACAGGGAGCAUGUGUUUGGCUCUCACUCCUUGCUAUCUAGCACAAGAGAAAAUGACAGAAAAGCUACAAGAUGAAGACUGCAGUUAUAACUAAGGUCACUAGUCAGAUCACCAUUACUUGGUGCAUUUUCAAGUGGCCUCACAAAAAUUGACCUAGGUUAUAACUUGAGUGCAUUACAAGACAAAAAUGAAAGAAGAGGCCAUUUGCUUCAACAUACUUGUACUGUGCUGAUCAGAAUGAUAUAGUUACUAUUGCUAGCUCUGAAUGGCUGUGACAGUCUUUAAAAAUGUUAACGGUGGAUUUUUUUUAGUCACAGAAUAAAUAAAAUAUUGUAGUGAGUACCUCUUCAAUCAAUUAAAAUGUGGAAAAUUGUAUUACAUAAAAUGGCUUCCCAGUUCCAGUUCCUGUUCAUCCUUAGCUUAACACUUCAAUAAUCUAGAUAAGUUUCCGUAGUUUUCAAAUUCUCUUCUUUCCAAUAGAUCAUUUUAGGGCAUUUUAAUGCCCUAGACUACAGUGUGGUGAAUUAAUAGCAACCUGCUUUUGACAGACAAGGAGCCCUCCGUGUGCCUGAGCAGACAUAACAAGCACUACCCUUUAGGUUAAGUUCUUUAUUCCAAAUCAAGCCACUCAACUUUUUCCAGAUAUACUUACUCAGUUUUCAAGAACCUGCACUAAGUUAUUUUCCUCAUGUGUAUCCCAAAUACAUAGCCUGAGCUUUUCUGUUUCAUAACUGAAAUGAUUCAGUUUCUUACUCUUUGCAUACAAAUAACAGUUUGGGGGUUUUUAUUCUUUUUUUCCCCUUUAUUUUUCAUUUUUUUUCUUCUCUUUUUUUUUUCCUUUUUUCUUUUCUGGAUCAACCAGUAACCUCACACAGAUCCUUUGUAUUUGCAUUGUCUCCCUUAUUUGCCUUGCCUUAUGUUUCAGUGUCUUCAAACAGGGGAAUAUGUUGCUCAGUGCCCUCAUUUAAAUACUGUGUCUCUCAAAGUGAGUUUUGCUCUUGGAGUCUUAAACAUGGUUGCAUUCUUCUAGGAUCUGCCAGUAUUUGUUUUAGUUUGUCUGUCUUCUGUGCCUGUAAUGGAGCUUGGCAAGCAAACGAUGCAACCAAGUCCUUGAAGUAAACCAGCAUAUUUAAAAACUAUAUUCUUUUACUCAAAAAAACUUAACUUUUCUAAGAUUCCUCAAAAAAACCCUAAGUUGUGCAAAAGAUGAAAACAAAUUCCACUAAGCGGAACAUGUCAGGAUGGGCUUUAAGCAGAUGCCACUUGUUAAAAUCCAUGUCACAUACUGCAAAACAGGAUGCUGGAACUUUUUGUGACAGAUCUAGCUAUAUUUUUCAAAAAUAAUUUCCUUUGGAUUUAAGAAUCUAGGCCUACUGGGAGAUCUAGUCACAUACAGCUGAUGAUAAUUUAUCCUGUACCAUGAAAUCAUACCAAUCUUGCCUACCUUAAUAUUUAUUUUUUUUUUAUUUUUCAGGGACUUUACCCCCUCAUUAUCUCAUUUAAAUAAGCAGUAUUUAAGACAUCUUUUAGCAGAAAAUGUCUAGUUACUAAAAUCUUCACUAUCUUUAUUGAAAUAGUUUGUCUACAUCAAACACCUUUAUUUCUCUUCCUUUCAGCCAACUUGUCUUUGGUACUCAAGAGAAUAGGGAGCAGAAAUGGUCAGAAGGCUUCAAAGUGUAUUUUACCAACUGGUGUGUGAUAAGGACAGUGACAGUUGUCGCUUAGCAUGAACAGUUACGAGUGAGUCUUUAGUAUAUUUUGGCACCAGCUGUGUGAAUUGCAUUAGUGAUGCUGGAAACAGGGAUUUCCCAGUGUUAAUGUGAAAUCAGUUUAAAGUAGGAAACAUACUGGAAGAGUACACAUCACGUAUCUGUAGGUAAUGCUCAUAAUCCUGUUUAACCGCAGACUGUUGUUAAUUAAACAUGUUGCUUUCACCAGGCAAUUAAACCUUAAUUACCUUUUUGAACCACUACAUUAUUAGGAUGAUUUUGUAAUACCUCAUCUACAAGCAGGAGUUGAAAUGCUGUUGACCUUAACUUUGAUUUAGUCCCAGCCACCCUUUAUGCCUUUUCAAGUUCUGAAAAAAUCAGCAAACCUGUUUUUAACAACAUACCAAGCAGUGCUGUUGCAGGUACCUGUAUGGCAUGUCUUUGCCAAGCAUACAGAGCAAGGAUGUGCUCUUAUGAAUUAACAUACAACACACUUGUAAGCCUUGCAUCCUGACACAUACAAUUUUUGUUGCUACAGGGGCCCCCAGGAGCAGAGGGGAUUUGCUUUUCCGUUAGAGCAAACCCAGGUGAACCUACACUGGGGCAGUGAGACUAGCAGCAUUUAUUCUUUCCUUAGUGCCUUAUUUGCUCCAUAGCACUGAGCAGCUGUUGCUUGUGAGAUACAUAAAUCCUUAGCAACAAUCAGACAGCAAUGAAAAACUAAAUAUCCAGACUAUACAACUAUUUUAUAUCUUUAAGCACUUAUAAUACAAGGUAAAAUACAAGCACUACACAUACUCUUCCCUUCCUGUCUUCCUCUUCCCUCUCCCUUAAAUUUAAUUUGAAUAGCUGCCAUGCCAGGAAACUCAGCAAACAAAAUAUUUAACUGAGAUAAUGUCCCUGCUCCCUAGGGCAACAGACCUCUGAAGAGCACUUAUUCUUUUCAAAUGACCAAAACCAGAAGGGCUGAAGAGAAAGUUAACUGUGUUUUCACAGCAACUAGUCAAACCUUUUUGCCUUUGCUGCUUUUUAACUUUUUCUGCCUGCUUACAUAACUGAGCGCACAGUGAAGGAGGUCUAUUCCCCAGUAUCUCUAGUUUCAUAGGCUUUCUCCUUCCUUAGAAUACAAGAUUUCUCCCACCCUUGCCUCCUCGGUUCAUGGUCUUCUGCCUUCUUUUCUCUCCUCCUGCCAUGAAGAGAGGGGACAUCUGAAAGAAACACCAACAGACCUUGCCAAACAUUACUUCAGGUGGCCAAGGUAUAGGGAGAAGUGAAGUUUCAGUGAAACUACUUUCAGAUGGGUUUACAGAUCCUACUCAUGGCAAGGGUACUUCACUGGUGUUGUCCUGAAGGCUGUCUUCCCCCCAUUCCCAGCUUUCCACCCCAAGGUCCCAGCAAUAUCUAGACUGAAAAUAUGGUGUAAGUCUCCUCUACUAUGUACAUAAGCAGAAGAAUCCUUUGGUGGAUUAUCUGAAAAUCUUUCUAAAAUGAUGCAAUAAUUAUAUAUUCAGAUACACUUGGGGAAAAAAAAAGGUUUUCUUCAGCAACUGAAAUCUUUCUGGAUACUUCCUAGGACCUAGAGAAUGGAUUAGAUCUUGUAUGUAAUGGGUGACUUUGUUUCUCAACUUAGUAGCUAUUUUUAGCUUAUUUUUUUACUAAAUCCAACAUCUCAAAUGCUUUUAAGAAUAAUUGCUUAUGCGUAUCUGCCUUUCAUUUGUCAGAGAACAAUUAUUAAAAGAUCCGGGAUUUUCUUUUAAAUGAAAAUUCCUUAGCUGCCACUAUCAAGGUCAGUUGUCAUCAGGAUUCUUAAAAUAAAUACUCUGUGAAAGAGGAGUUGUUCCUAAAUGUCCCUGAUCUAUCCCACAUAAUCUCAGUAUUGUUCAGAUCUACAGUAUAGAGCUACAUACUACUAGGGUUUGGAAGUCACAUUGCUUUUACCUAUGAAUGUAUCAAAAUCUGCAGUCAAUAUAGAGUCCUUAUGCCCUUCUUGACCUUUGAAGGUUGAAUUUUUACUGAAGAGGUACUGAAAGCAGCCUGAAGAACACUCAUAAAGUAUUAAAUCUGCUAGACUGCAGCUCAGCUGUGUAAUCCAUGCACUUUAGUUGAUUUGCAUGAAACUAUGACAACAUGAAACUGUUUUCACCAACUAAGCAUCUUUCUAGCACUAAAAAUGUUCACAUGUAAAAAUUUUUUAAAUGAGAGGAAAAAUCUUCUACAAAGCUACCUUUCAGCAUCUUAAGAUGAAUAGACUAGAACAGUCUCUCAAGAAAUUAAAACUAUGUUAAGAGCAGAAAACACUGGAAAGUGACAAUUGUAGUGGAACAGAAUGACAAUCAAGAUAUCAAAAUACUUCACAUAGCUCUGUCAAAAAUGCUAUAGUCAUGAAUUGCUUUUUAGCCAGUGGAGGUUAAACAGCAUAUUUGGACCAGCUGUUUGAUGGAGGGCAGUGAUGUAGUGACUGAGUCUGAGGUACUUGAUGGCUUUCAGGUGAGCUGUCAACAUUCCCAUGGCCCUAAGACCAGUUGGUCUAUACCCAAGGGUGCUAUGGGAGCUGUCUGACAUCCUCAAAAGGUUGUUCUCCUUCAGUUCUGACAGGUUGUGGAGAUUGGAGAAGGCCCCAAAUGACCAAGGCAAAGCAAAUGUACCCAUCUUUAAGAAAGGGCAAAUGGAACAAUUGGAGGAACUACAGGCUGGUUGCCUCAUUUUCAGUCCCUGGGAAAAUCAUGUGUUACACAAGAACUCUUGGGCGUAUAUGGGCACACAAGGCAGAAGAUGGAGAUGGGCUAAAUCAUGCCUGAUCCGAUGGAUGAUCAUCUGUGAUAAAAUGACUGGCUUUGUGGAUGAGAAGAGAGCAGUAGAUGAUGUUGGCCUGGAUGUACAUGAGCAAGGCUUCAACAGACACUGUGAGGAAAGGCAGCAAGCUGGACUGGAGGAGGGCAACUUUGAGGUGUCUGCUCUACCUACAAGGAGGUUACCAGGGGCCAGGCAUUUUUGUCAGUGGUGGCUUAAGUAGAAACAGGAGACUUUCCAGAUAGAGAAAGCCAGCUUGGGGAAUUUCCAUAGCAGGGUAACUAAGUACUGGGACAGGCUGCCUGGAGAGGCUGUGCCUUCUUUGCCCUUUGUGGAAUUCAAACCCUGGCUACAUAAAGCCCUGAGCAACUGUGUCUGAUCCCACAACUCAGCCUGCCUUGGGCAGGGGUUUGGACUGGAGACUGCUGCACUCCACACCAGUCCAUAUAACUGUUUUCCUAUGUUCUUCCAGCAGUUAUACAGUUACAAAACCACUCCAAAGGAAUGAGAGCUGAAGAAAAAUAUUUCCAGAGUCAGAUAACCCAUUUCUUAUAAACCACGUUUUAAAUAAUACCUAUAUGUAAUACCUGAGGUUUGCUGUAACUCAUUUUUCCUGUUGCACACACCCACUUUGACACCCCCCUUUAAAUAUUAGUCCCCACAAAGUCCCAACAUAUUGUUCAUUUUUCACCUGUUAUUUUUAAUUUAGUAUCCCUUUCCCAAGAAGACUGCCAUAUCUCUGUGGUGGGGGAAAAAAAGUUUUCCCCCUGAAGUUAUAAAAUGGUAAACCCCCAGGGGGUGGCUACCCUUGAGGUUGAGCCAAUGAGCACUUCUGCAAAAUAUAAACAUAUCACCCAGACUGGAAAAGAAGGGUUGUAGUAGCUGUUGUUGUUGAAGUGGCCAUGUUUCUGAGGCCACAAGGAGAAGGGGCAGGAGCCCCCCUUGGGGGCUAUGGCCCCCCCCCCCCCCCAGCCCCAGGCUGGGGGGCUACAGGGACUUGGAACAGUGUUAAACUGGACUGAGGUCUGUAGCUGAGAAGCUGGGAGUUUUUCUCUUCCACCGGAGCAAUGGCAGAGGCAGCAGCAUACAGAGGACAGUGGCAGAUAGCCAAGAGAUAAGAGAGAAGCAGCAGAGACAGCAUGCAGCCAAGGAAGACACAGAGUUGUCUGAGAGAGAGAGCCAGCAGCAGAGAGAGAAGUAAGCUCUACAGAGAGAGAGAGAGUUUGGGUAAGAACUGAAACAAACUCCCCAAACCCUUCUGAGACCUCCUAGAAAGGAGGAGGAGACAGACUCUUACUUGAGAAGAGUCUUGGAGUGCUACAGCACUGAAAAGAGAGAGCUGAGAAGCUUGGGCAUCCUGGAACUGGAGUGGGAUGGCCGAAGGAAUGCAGAGGGGGGCUUCGCCCCCCCGCUGCUGUUAAGCAGAGCACAGGAGCUCUGUAAGGGAAUUUGAAUCCCCUGAGGAUAGGGGCCGUCACGAAGACCCCUGCACUUUGUGAUAUGACGUGGUGAAGUGACCUUUGUCCUGGUGAACACAGCCCACGGAAGAGAAGACCCUCGCUUGGAGUUGAAGGGCCGAGAGGGGCUUGGAUACCCCCUCGUGUGUACUGGCAGAGAUCGAGCUACAGCUGCUGCAUGAAAGAAGAGAGCCUGCUGCCCUAGAGACACUGUUGCUCUGAGAGUAGAAAGGAUCUCUUCCUCCUUCCCUCCUGGACUUUUAUUUGGAGAGAGAAGAGAUUUGAUCCAUUGUAAAUACUGUUUUAUCAUGGUAAAGAUAGUUGAGAUUGUGUGUGUAAUGUAUUAUAAUAUUCAUUUGUACAGACUACAGUCAUUGUAAUAUAAUCCUUUGCCCCCCCA